AUGGAGGAGGGGGAGGACGGCGGCGGGGAGUGUGUUCGCAGCCUCCCCAAGCUGGUCGCUAUGUCGGCGACCAUCGACGCCGCUAGCUUCGCCGCCUACCUCGCCGACGGCGAGGGCGACGCUCCCGUGGUCCGUGUGCCGGGUCGGCUCUUUCCCGUGCUCGCCGAGACGCGGUUCGGUCGCGGCGCGGCGAGAAGCGGGCGCGACGGCAUGCCGGCCGAGGUGGACUGGGCGCUGCUCACGCAUUUGGUGGAGCACAUCGCGACGGCGGGCGAGCCCGGAGCCAUCCUCGUCUUCCUCUCGGGCGCGCGCGAGAUCGAGCGCUGCUGCUCGGCGCUGCGAUCCCGCCCGUCCUUGCGCGGCGCGUGGGUCCGUCCGUUGCACGGCUCGCUCUCUCCCGCGGAGCAGCGGCGCGCGUUCGAGGUGCCUCCGCCUCCGACGCGCAAGGUGGUGGUGAGCACUAAUGUCGCCGAGACCUCCGUCACCAUCGGCGACGUGGUGACGCGCUACAGCGAGGCGACCCGCAUCGGCUCGCUUCGCGACGAGCCCAUCUCGCUCGCGAGCGCCGAGCAGCGACGCGGCCGCGCCGGCCGCGUCGCUCCCGGCCAUUGCUACAGGCUGUGGGCGGUAUCGGCGCCGCUCUCGCCGGAGCAGCCGCCGGAGAUGCUCCGAACGCCGUGCGACGAGGUGCUGCUCGCCGCGUGCGUGCUCACCUUCUAUCCGUAA